CCACGCCAACACGCUCAGCUUCCAUCAGAGCCGCCCAGUGGCCAGCACUGUCUCCAGACAUGACAGGGCUGACCGCCGCGGGAGCUAACCCGCUCUCAAGUACCUGCACAUCCCAUGGCCUUCAACCAUGCUGAUGAGUGCUCGCUGCUUACUGCCUCAAUCUUUCUUUAUCUCCCACGGAUUCACAUGUCGGCGUAGUCGUUUCAGUUGUUACACCGCUGUCCGGGUGCUCCCGUGUGUUCCUGUUCUGUGGUCCUGACUACUCUUUGCCGGGUCUUGAUCACGCCCGCAUAUUCACUCUUUUACAUUCAAUUUGCAACUUCCCUUGCCAGCCUUCCAUGAGCCCUUUGUUCCUCCACCAGUUGACAAUUCAUGACCGCCACGCCGGGUCAACCCCCGAUGUUCCUCAGUAACACGCAGCCAAGCGUUCAUCUGCCUUGGAAGUUUGCAUCUAGCGAGGAAGCACAACUACCUCGCGGAGAAUGUGGCUUUAUCGAGUCCGAGUUCGAGUCGAGCAGGAACUCACGCCAACGCUGCUCAUGUCGAAGCUUCCAUCCUGAUUCGAUCGUGCGUUCUCGCUGCGGUUGCGGACAUCAAGCAUGGCACCACGAAACCCAGCCUCUCUCGGUAGUCUCGGUAGAGCAGUUCUUACAGGUCGUGGAGCAGAUGAAGCUGUUGAAGCAUGAGGUCCGGCGACAUGAGGGCGUGGAGGAAGAAUUGAGGAGAGAGCUUCUCAGGGAGAGAGCGGCAAGAGAAGAGCACUUUCGAACAUACAAGGCACUGGAAGCACGGCUAUACGAGAACAUGCGGCUGCUGAAGAUCACUAUGGAUGACAGAGUGGAGGCUGUGGUUGACAGGACGUCGUCGUUCAGCGAUCAGAUCAGGGCCGUCCAAGAGCGCCUUACUAUGGUGGAUGAGGUUACCAUGGAGCUGGAGAAUCGAGUCGAUAAAGUUGAGCAUACCAAUGGCCAUUCUAGGGACGACACACCUGUGAAUUCAACGCCUCGGCCGCGCUUGUCGACUCCAAAAGUAUCGUCAGUUCCUCAGAUCCCGCUACUCAUGCAGUCGCAACACAUGCUUGGUCAGCUUCCAAUACGCACCGACAAGAAGUAUCCCUUGACUUGGAAUGUUCGUGUCAUCUUUGUUCUCCGGAAGUCGCAGAGAUUCGCGUUCGAUCCUGACAGUACUGGCUACAGGCGUUGUGCGUCCCGCAGGCUCCAGCAGAAUGUCGAUUUUGCCGGUCAGGACAGUGCCUACUUUGCGACUCGGAUCGAAGAUACAUUCAAGGGUGUCUUGCGUGGCAGACCAUGGAUGCCGUUAGUCGGUCAUCAUCCACCAGACGAACCAUUUGGUCGGAUGGCGCUUACUUUGCUCCCACCUGAUCUCGUCCACCGUGAUUUAUGGGACCAUCCUUUCGUAGAAGAUCAUUGCGUCGCUCACGACAAGAUGCAAGGAGACGUCCUCUACAUCACUCUCCAGCACGAAGACGUCACUUGGAAUGAAGUUCGAUUCCUACCACCUGUUCACGGUGCCGAUGAAACCUGCUGGGCUCACGACGAAGAGCUAGACGGCACCGUCAAGUAUAAGAGCCUGGACACUGAGAUCAUGUACGGUUGCCAGGAUCCUCCUCCUAUAUAUUCAUCUCGAACUCACUCGCUGGCGGAUAGGGCGCCUUCUAAACUCGAUGUACUCGCUGAUUCCGCGGCUAUGUUAAGCCCAAUCGAGCGUGCGCGUACACAAUCCUCCGUCCACUCCAGCAUAUUGAGACCGUCUCUCGAACGAACCCAAACUUCGUCCUCGUCCCACUCGAAUCACCAGUUCUCGUCUGAACGGAGCAGUCUCCGAAGUUUUGAUACAGAGAUGGCCGAGGAUGAGCACCGCGAUAAGAAGCCAAAGCUCAGAUCUAAGGAUAGCGCAACGAACGUCAAUGGUACUAGCCAGGCGCAACAUCCCAUUUACGUGUCCGGCCGCUCAAAGCGAAAGAUGCCCGUGAAAGACAAAGGGCAAAAGGAACCUCUUCAUUUCAGCGUCACGAACGUCGCCAAAUGGAGACCAAAUCUGCUACACCCUCACUCUUCGAAAGGCAAGGAGGUCGCCCAUGGCCAGUAAUUACUUUUGAGGCCUUUCAUUGUUUUUCACUUUUUUUUCGAAGGCGUUCAAGAGCAAAACCUCGUUCAAGCGAAGGAUACCCAUCGGCGUUACACUGUACAACUGCAUUUGCGGCCCAGCAACCGCCUCGCAGGCUCUUUCUUCGAACAUAGACUAGUUUUUCGGCCUGCAACUGCGAUACAUUGUAUCAACAU